ACCAACAUAAAAUGUUUUUUUCAGUCAGUCAGAGUCUGUAGCAAAGUAUAAGUAUCCAAUCAAAUGCAAAUGCACUCUGGUGUCGUCAGUCGUCGCGUAAUUAUAAAGAGUAGGCGCUUUAACUCCAUUAAAAUAAAUAACAAUAAAAUUUAAUUAUACUAGACUGCACUCUGUAACUAUUACACACCAUUUGUUCUAUAAUCUAGACUAAAGGCUAUUUAAAUAAACAUUUUAUUACAAAAUUCUGUUCUCAUCACUCAACAUAACCCUAUUAAUAUAAAAAGUGAUUUAAAAUAAUAAUAAUAAAGUAUAAAUAUUUAAAUAUUUAUUUAUAAUUUACUUUGUUCUGGUGUCGAGUUCUUUGUCUUUAUUUUUAUUGUCGUCUAAAAAUAUGUAAAAUAAAAUAUAAAAGAAUAUAAUUUAUUUAAAUAAAUUAAAGGUUAGCGCGUAAAUUUAAAUAAAGGAUGAUAGUUUAAGAGUUUAAAGACCUCAGUUUCUUGUUUACGAAAUAUAUUUUAGGAUAGUUUUUUUUAAAUCGAAUGAUGCCAUAUAUUUUUGUGAAAAAUAAUAUUUUUUUAAUAAAAGAUGGCAGCUGACUAUGACGAGUUUAUUUUAUAAAAUUCGUUGUCAUCCUGUGUUACUCGUAGUGCAAGUGCUGAUACAUUUAUAUUUAUUAUUUUAAGAGUGAUUUAAAUAUAUACAUAUAUAUUUUUUUAUACUUUAUUAUUGUUAUUAAUUAAUAAGGAAAUUUGUGAUUUUAAAUAUUUAAAAUGUCCCGGGUGUCACUCAACAAAUCUCAGUACAGCCAAUACGGCUCGAGAAGGGUUAGAAAAAUCAGUACGACUGAGAGUGAAUACUCAGUAGAAGAGCAAACAAGACUAACAGGAGUCGAUACUGGUGGUGAUGAAACAUCACCGGAUGAUGAUGCCGGGUCAUUGUGUGAAUAUCACGAUAUACCGCCUCCUCCUGAUGGAGGAUAUGGUUGGGUAGUAGUUAUAGCCUCAUUCAUGUGCAACAUGAUAGUGGACGGUAUUGCGUAUACAUUUGGUAUAUUUUUUGAAGAAUUUGUAAAUUAUUUUGGAGAGGGCAAAGGAAAGACUGCUUGGGUCGGGUCUCUACUAUCUGGGAUGUAUCUCAGUGCUGGUCCAGUUGUUAGUGCGUUAACAAAUAGAUACGGAUGCAGAGCCGUUUGUAUGGCCGGCAGUUUUAUCGCGGCAACUGCAUUUGUAUUAUCAACAUUCGCUUCUUCUGUAAAUAUGCUUAUGUUAAUUUAUGGUGUUAUGGGUGGUAUAGGAUUCGGUUUAAUUUAUUUACCGGCAGUAGUUUGCGUCGGUUAUUACUUUGAAACCAAAAGAUCUCUAGCUACGGGUAUCGCUGUCUGUGGAUCAGGUUUUGGUACAUUUGCUUUCGCGCCUUUAGCUAAUUUUUUAGUCGAAACAUACAGUUGGAAGGGUGCUCAUUUAAUUUUAGCUGGACUUAUACUUAAUUGUGCAGUAUUUGGUGCAUUAAUGCGACCUCUAGAGUACCAAAAACCGCCAUCAGUAAAACCACUUCUCCAGCGAAUGGCCGAAGAGAAACGUUUUCAAAUGGAACGGGGGUCUAUCGGCGGUUCGUAUUUCAUGGUGCAGUUACCAGAUGGCUCUAUGGAGAAACGUAUGAAAAUGCCGAUAAAUAUAGAUCCCGGUGUACACUCAAGUUUUAAUCUCGAUCAACUUGUACCCGGUUAUUAUAACUCAGGGACGCCAUUAACGCCAGUACCGACAGUGCCAACUUUACCAACAAUCUCUGAGGUUAAAGUCCAAGAGCAUUCGAGUGCAGCCACCAGCAAAAGCGGUAGUUUAGACCUUAAAAAUUCAAUAAUUAAAUCUAAAAGUAAAAAAUCCAUUGACGAAACAGCCAAUACCAAAGAUACUGUUUUAUCGGUAGUCGAUAAAACAGAUAAACCGGAAAUGGAAUUUAAUAAACCAAUAAUACCACGUAAUGCAUCGCAACCAGCAUUUACUACUCACGUUCAAGGACUUCCUAAGAAUGGAUCGGUACCAUUUUUUGAUCGUAUCCGUAAAACAAGCACUGGAGAACGAUACAAGCCUAGUCUGAGUGCAAUUAAAAAUUCUAGAACGACCUUAAAUAGUAAUGGAGACAUUCGUAAGAGUCUACAUCUCAGACUGUCUGCUAGCAGUAUGUUGGGAUCAAGAAAUAAUAACAUGGAAGCUGAUGACGGAGAGAGUAUAACAUUUACAACAAGUAAAUCUAGUAUUCCAAAGCCAAAAGCCGCGAUAGUACGUCCUCUAUCUCGCAAGGAUAUUUUUUAUAGCGGUAGUAUAGUAAAUUUACCAGAAUACCAGAGUCAGAAAUCAAUAGCUAAUUAUCGACAAUCGGUAAUUUCACUUCCUAAAUCUGUUCGCGGUGAUACGCGUGAUGGUGACAUGGAAAAAGGUCCUGAGCAAUCACUAUGCCCGUGUUUAGAAUUACCAGAAUCAUUUAAAGAGGCCUUAGGAACAAUGUUAGAUAUGUCCUUGUUAAGGAAUCCUGUAUUUUUAUUAAUUGGUAUUAGUAAUGUAUUCGGUAUGGCUGGUUUAUAUGUACCAUUUUUUUAUUUAGUUGAUUCAGCAAUUAAAGAUGGAGUGGACAAACAUGAAGCGCCAUUUUUAUUAUCAAUAAUUGGUAUAACAAAUACUGUUGGACGUGUCGUCUGUGGUUUUGUCGCUGAUUUUCCACAAGUUAAUUCAUUAUUAUUGAAUAAUAUUUGUUUAUUAGUAUCAACAAUAUCCGUUGCCAUGACGCCAUUUUGUGAAUCCUAUACGUCGUAUAUUAUAAUGGCGACAUUUUUUGGUACUGCUAUUUCUGGAUAUAUUUCACUGACGUCAAUUAUCCUAGUAGAUUUACUGGGUCUAGAUAAAUUAACAAACGCAUUUGGGUUAUUAAUACUGUUCCGAGGUGCGGCGGCCAUUAUUGGCUCCCCAUUGGCUGGAAGUGUUUAUGACGCAACUAAUAGUUACAGUAUACCAUUUUUCAUGGCUGCUUUCUUCUUUUUAAUCAGUACGAUCACCAGUUUUAUGGCGCCUGCAAUGAAACGUUGCACUACACCACAAGCGCCGCCAGUGAUAAUGGAUACCCUAACACCCAUCGACGAGGACAUAGAAGAAGAAAACGAGGACGACAUCCCUGAAAUAAUAGAAACAGCGCCCUCACCAUCGGACCCUCCCGAAAAAGAAAUAAAACAGAUAGAGUCCGUUCUAUAAAAAAAUUAAAUUUAAAAUCUCGUCCAUUCUCAAUCUUUAAAUUAACACUAAAUUAAUUAAUUAAUCAAAAAUAGCACAACUUUUUGUUUUCCUCUCAUUACUUAAUUAGUGAAUAAAAUUACCAUUUAUAAAUUAUGAAAAAAAAA